AUGUCAUCAUUAAAUGAAUUAAAUACUAUUGAACUAUGUGAUGAUAUAGACAAUAUUCUUUUUUUGUGUAAUCGUCUUAAUAAUCGUUUAAUUCAAGUUACAUCAUAUGUUGAUGAAGUUAAACAAACAUGGAUUAGUAAACGACGUUCAAUUGAAUUCGAUUCAAAUAUAAUUCCUAUAAUAACUCAAAAAGCUAUUAAAUGUAAUAAAGUUCUUUUAAAUGUUGCUGAAAAACUUGCAGUUGUUGAAUUACAAACAGAAUCAUUACAUAGUCUUCAUACAUCUGUUAAUAAUAUUCUAACAAUUAAUAAUGAAAAACGUCAAUUAAAUAUUCCAAUCUGUCCUUCAACACCAAUUAUUAAUCAUACAUCAAUACAAACAGUUCCAUCUAAUGUACCAAUAACUAAAAAUGAAUCGACGGGUAAUGAAGUUCGUUUACAACGAGAUAUAUUUUCAAAUACAACACGUUCAUUAAAUCUUGGUACAAAUACAUUUACUGCUAGAAAUACAGCAACAUUAUUCAGUGAAACAGUUCCAAUAAAACCAUCAGUAGAACAACAACAACAAUCUGAAUUUCAUCGACCAUUAUCCAUUCAAGAUAAUAUUAGUCUUCAACAAGCAAAAUUAUCUCCACAAAAUUCAAUUAUUUCACAAAUAUCUCAAUAUCCGCUAUCAUCAAAAAAAAUGUCUUCAAAUAUAUCUAUGAAUGGUCAUCAACAACGAAUUUCAAAUCCAACAGAUUCAUAUUCAUCUACAUUAAUCAAUGAAAUAAAUAUAACCGAUAAUAAAGUUCGAGUUAAAAUGCAAGUUAUACCAACUGGUACAAUAUGGCGUAAUGCUGAUAUACCUAUUGUGGAUCAUCCAUCAGCAUUUUUUGUUUCUAAUCAAGAUCCACGUGUUACUGAACAGUUUAAUAUGAUGUCUAUUGAAAUGAAUAAUUAUUAUAGUAAACUAUCAAAUACAAAUGUACCAUUUCAAAAUAUAUCUAUUGGUGAUUUUUGUGUAGCACGAUUUAGUGAAGAUCAUUUAUGGUAUCGAGCUCGAGUCGUUUUGAAUAAUAAUGAAUCUGUUCUUAUUGUCUUUAUUGAUUAUGGUAAUUCAGAAUCAAAACCACCUAAUGAAAUUUAUCCAAUGAUUGAAUCUUUAACACGUCUACCGGCUAUGACAGUUGCUUGUACAUUACAUGAAGCAUUUCCAAGUAAUGAAAAUUUCUGGACUCAAGAAGCAACAGAUGCAUUUAAUAUGAUUGUUAAAAAUCGUAUUGUUGAAGUUCAUUUUCAACAAAGUAUUGCUCAACAAUGGCCACUUCAUUUCGUUAAAGUUAUGCUCGAUGGUCAGUCGAUCGUUCAACAUCCAAAAAUGGCACCAUAUAUAACGCCGGCACGAAAUGAACAGAUUGCAUUGCAUUUUAAUGAUAAACUUACACCGAUGGAAUAUAUUUUGUAUAAUGUAGCAGUUGUUGAAUCGGAUAUUUAUAAUAAUAAUCUUCCAUAA